AAAUGCCUUCCGAAGUUAAUAAAAGUGAUAAUACUUCUGAAAAUUUUGUGAAUAUGACAACUUAUACACCCAAUGCGUAUUCAAAUCUUUUAACGAUGACUCCUAAGCGAAAUGUUACUGUAGAAAGGCAUAAGUUUCUCACACGACGCCAAAACACCGAUGAAACAAUUCAACAUUACAUCAAUGACCUAGUGAAUUUAAGCAUGACCUGUGAAUUUGGUGAUUUACGUACGAGCUUAGUUAAAGAUCAGUUAAUAUGUGGUUUAGCAAAAUGUUAUGACCGUAUUCGGGAAGAAUUAUUACGAAUCGAAGAUUUAGAUUUAAGUAAAGCCAUGAAUAUCUGUGAAACAAUGGAAUUAUUAAUUGAAAACGAUAGUUGUGAGAUUAAAGAUGGAAUGAUAAAUUGUGAGAUUAAAGAAGAGAUUACAGAUAAAUUAGAAUGUCGAAUUAAAGAAGAAAAUGAUGAUGAUGAAGAUAAUAAAGAUGAUAUCGAUCAUGAUGACAACGAUAAUGAUUCAGAUGGAAAUUUGGAUUUUGAAGUUUUAAAUUCAAUUAAAGAUGAAUGUGAUAAACCUGAAAAAACACGCCGAAAACGGCGUAUAAAUAAAAAAGAUCGACCUUUUAAGUGUAUCGUAUGUCAUAAAACAUUUCCAUUACGUAAACUUUUAUUAAGUCAUGAACGAAUUCAUGCCGCUGAAAGACCUUACAAAUGUCCACACUGUCCAAAGGCAUACACAUCAAAUUUAGAUUUAACGACACAUCUUAAAGUACAUUCCGGUGAUCGUCCAUUUAAGUGUAAUCAAUGUGAUAAAACAUUUGUAUACAAACAAAAUUUAAGCUUACAUGAGCGUAUCCAUACGGGGGAGAAACCAUUUAAAUGUAGUAUAUGUGAUAAAACAUUUGCACAAAAAUCAAAUGUGAGGGAACAUGAACGUAUUCAUACGGGGGUCAAACCAUACCAAUGUCAUAUUUGUAAACAACAGUUCACAAAUAAAUUCCAUGCGAAAAAUCAUUUAAGGAUUCAUACUGGAGAAAAGCCUUUCAAGUGUACAGAAUGUUCAAAAGCAUUUACAUUCCGAUCGACUUUACGUGAACAUAAAAAAAUUCAUACUGGAGAACGACCAUAUCAGUGUAAUAUAUGCGGAAAAACAUUUUCACAGCGCGGUAACGAACGUGAACAUAAAAAAUUACAUACAGGUGAAAAGAAACCCACUGUACAGUGUAACAUUUGCGGGAAAAUUUGUUCUAGUACAUAUCGUUUAAAAAUUCAUACACGUAUUCAUACUGGCGAAAGGCCAUAUAAAUGUAAUUCAUGCGAUAAAACAUUUGUAUCUCCGGAAUAUUUAAAAACUCAUAAACGUACUCAUAAAACCGAGCGGCCGUUUAUAUGUAAAAUUUGUGGCCGGACAUUUGCAAUGAAAAAAUAUUUAAUUGGGCAUGAAAAAACACAUACGCGCGAAGAGACAUUUAAAUGUGAUUUAUGUGAAAAGGAAUUUUCACAACGUAGUACAUUAAAAAUGCAUGCACGUGUACAUACAGGCGAAAAACCGUAUAAGUGUAGUAUUUGUGAGAAAACUUUUAUGUAUCGUAAAUAUAUAAAGGAUCACGAACGUAUACAUACGGGAGAAAAACCAUACAAAUGUAAUAUUUGUGAGAAAGCAUUUGCACAACAUUCUACAUUAAAACGACAUUCAAAAAUACAUUCAUGAGAUAUCAAGACUAAUAGCAUUGAGUACGAUGUUUUUUGUAAUUAGGUUUAAAAAUACAGUAGUCCAAUUAAUAAAAGCAGAUGCACAAAAAGUUACGCGAAAGUCCCUCCUCUUUAAGAAAUUUUAUUUAGUUCUUCUAUUCAAAUCUAUAGGGCGAUCUACCUGAAGUAUCAAUUGCAACGUGUGAAUAGUAGUUUCUUUUAUUUAUUGUGGAGAGUUCUCAAGAAAUAUUGCUGAAA